CUGGCCAGUCAAGUCUUCUCCUUUGUGGACUCUGGCCACACAAACGCCUGUUCAAAAGUAUGCCACGGACUUCCCGCAUUGUAAGAAAACAGAGACUGCACCCAGGUGGUACAACUGAAUUUGAUCGUUGGCCUUCUCUUCAGUCCAUGACUCAAUGGGACUUUUGUUUCUGGGAAUUCUUUACAUUUGGAUAAAACGCAACCUCCUAACCACUCCAGGUGUUCCUAAAGCUGAUCUCAAGGCAAACAAGGUGGCAGCAGACACUGCUGGUUCACAGGGAACAACAGGAACAGGAUGUCUCUGGGCUACACCACACGGGUCUUGGCCUUGGCGGCGUUCCACCCAAGGAGAGGGAACUGAAGCUGUGUGAAUGCAGUCAAACGUUAAUGAAGUACGAGUUUGACAGGAUGCUGACUGUCCGUCCACCACCCAUCUGUGCACUCUCUGCACUGAUGUCACCCGGGGCCUCAUGUGCCUGGCAGGCGUCACAAUCUUGCUGCUUUCAGAGUUCUCUGCCUUCCACCCCAGAGGACACAGGCAGCACCGGCAAACACGGCACAAAGUGAUUACAAAGCACUGUGAUGAUCCGUUCAAGACAAGUGAAGUUCACACCCUCCACUGUGUGGCAGGGCCAACACCACACAUGGCCCCUGCAGAACACGUCGCUGUGAUCCCGAGGCUCGGGUGGGAUCCCAGCGACAUGAUCCCUGCAACUCUUAGAGAUUUUUCAAAUUGGUGACUGCAGAAUGAGCCAUUUUGGUGAGGAAGAGUGCUUUCCUCUUGAGAAUCACAGGUUUCCUUUUUGUGUGCAUACUUCCCAUGUGUCCACGUCCCCACACCGCUAAGGACAGUAGGCCUUCCUCUGCUCAGCAUCCGGAGUGCGUCACUUCCGCCACGUGAGCCGGGUGCUUGGCCGCCGCUCACACAGAACCUCCUCUCGCCUCCUUGGAACUCUUUCGUGGGCAUCUCAGGCCAAAACAGCAGAAACACAUCCCAACUGGGAUAGGCCAUAUCACAGGUGCUCCAACAGCUUCAGGCGGCUGUCCUGGCAGCACACACCUGGAGCCACCGUCAAGACCAGCUCUGGACCUGCGCUUACUCACCAACAAACAUCAAAACUCCUCUUCAUCCUGCAGUGGCAGACCUCCAUUUCAAUGAAAUGUGACUGUGUUUACAGAAACGCAGGGUGCAUAGGAAGCAUGUCGUCUCAAACACCUAUCACACUGAAUAUCGACCCUCAGGAUCUGCAGGUCCAAACAUUUACUGUAGAGAAGCUACUGGAGCCUCUCAUAAUUCAGGUUACUACACUUGUAAAUUGUCCCCAGAACCCUUCGAACAGGAAAAAAGGACGUUCAAAAAGAGCCAGAGUCCUUCUAGCUUCUGUGGAGGAAGCAACUUGGAAUUUAUUAGACAAGGGAGAGAAGAUUGCUCAGGAAGCCACAGUUUUGAAAGAAGAGCUUACUUCUACACUUGGGGAAGUUCGCAAAGAAAGUGAAGCUCUGAAGGUAUCGGCUGAGAGAUUUACAGAUGAUCCCUGUUAUCUCCCCAAAAGGGAGGCUGUAGUUCAAGCCGCCCGUGCCUUGUUGGCUGCGGUUACUAGACUCCUCAUUCUCGCAGACAUGAUUGAUGUCAUGUGUCUGCUGCAGCAUGUGUCAUCUUUUCAAAGAACAUUGGAGUCUCUUAAGAAUGUUUCCAACAAAUCUGACCUCCAGAAAGCCUAUCAGAAGCUUGGGAAGGAGCUAGAAAAUCUGGAUUAUUUAGCCUGCAAACGUCAGCAGGAUUUAAAAUCUGCAAACCAGAGGGAUGAAAUUGCAGGAGCCCGGGCCACAUUGAAAGAGAAUUCUCCUCUUUUACAUUCAAUUUGUUCAGCUUGUUUGGAGCAUUCUGAUGUUGCUUCCCUCAAAGCCAGCAAGGACACAGUUUGUGAAGAAAUGCAGAAUGCUCUCAAUGUGAUUUCAAAUGUUUCUCAAGGCAUUCAUAAUAUGCCAACCCCAUCAGAACCUCAGGCAGCCACUCUGGGAAGUGCACUUGAUGAGCUGGAGAAUUUAAUUGUCCUGAACCCACUCGUGGUGACUGAAGAAGAAAUAAGACCAUCACUAGAAAAACGCCUUGAAGCCAUUAUCAGUGGGGCUGCUCUGUUAGCAGACUCCUCCUGCACAAGGGACUUCCACCGAGAGAGGAUCAUUGCAGAAUGCAAUGCCAUUCGCCAGGCUCUUCAGGACCUGCUUUCAGAGUACAUGAACAAUGCUGGGAAGAAAGAAAGGAGCAAUACCCUGAAUAUUGCUAUAGACAACAUGUGCAAGAAAACAAGAGACCUUCGCAGACAGCUCCGCAAGGCUAUUAUUGAUCAUGUGUCAGACUCCUUCUUGGAUACAACAGUCCCACUUUUGGUUCUCAUUGAAGCUGCUAAGAAUGGCAGGGAAAAGGAAAUAAAGGAAUAUGCUGCAAUAUUUCAUGAGCAUACCAGCAGGCUUGUAGAGGUGGCAAAUCUUGCUUGUUCUAUGUCAACAAAUGAAGAUGGAAUUAAAAUUGUCAGAACUGCAGCCAAUCACCUGGAAACACUGUGUCCACAGAUUAUUAAUGCUGCACUUGCUUUGGCUGCAAGACCCAAAAGUCAAGUGGUGAAAAAUACCAUGGAAAUGUACAAGCGCACGUGGGGAAAUUACAUACAUGUUCUUACAGAAGCUGUGGAUGACAUUACAAGCAUUGAUGAUUUCCUUGCUGUAUCUGAAAGUCAUAUCCUGGAAGAUGUCAACAAGUGCAUCAUAGCUUUGAGAGACCAGGAUGCUGAGAAUUUAGACCGUGCUGCAGGUGCGAUCAGAGGACGGGCAGCAAGAGUUGCUCAUAUUGUCACGGGUGAAAUGGACAGUUACGAGCCAGGGGCUUACACUGAAGGUGUAAUGAGAAGCGUUAACUUCCUUACAAGUACUGUAAUUCCUGAGUUUGUAACACAAGUGAAUGUCGCCCUGGAAGCCUUGAGCAAGAACUCAUUAAAUGUAUUUGAUGACAAUCAGUUUGUGGACAUCUCAAAGAAGAUCUAUGAUAUAAUUCAUGAUAUCAGAUGUUCAGUCAUGAUGAUUCGGACUCCAGAAGAACUAGAAGAUGUUUCUGAUCUGGAAGAGGAUCAUGAGGUUCGCAGCCACACCAGUGUUCAGACAGAAGGGAAAACUGACCGGGCUAAGAUGACUCAACUGCCAGAGGCAGAAAAGGAAAAGAUUGCUGAGCAAGUUGCUGAUUUCAAGAAAGUAAAGAGUAAGUUGGAUGCCGAGAUUGAGAUAUGGGAUGAUACAAGCAACGAUAUCAUUGUUCUCGCCAAGAAGAUGUGUAUGAUUAUGAUGGAGAUGACAGACUUCACGAGGGGCAAAGGACCACUAAAGCAUACAACUGAUGUGAUCUAUGCAGCUAAAAUGAUAUCAGAAUCAGGAUCAAGGAUGGAUAUUCUUGCUCGGCAGAUUGCUGAUCAGUGUCCAGACCCAUCCUGCAAACAGGAUUUACUGGCUUAUCUGGAACAGAUUAAAUUCUACUCCCACCAACUGAAAAUCUGCAGUCAAGUUAAAGCGGAGAUCCAGAACCUAGGAGGAGAGCUCAUCAUGUCCGCCUUGGACAGUGUCACCUCCCUGAUCCAGGCGGCCAAAAAUUUGAUGAAUGCUGUAGUGCAAACAGUGAAAAUGUCUUACAUUGCCUCAACCAAGAUCAUCCGAAUCCAGAGUCUGGCUGGGCCACGGCACCCAGUAGUGAUGUGGAGGAUGAAAGCUCCAGCAAAAAAGCCCUUGAUUAAAAGAGAGAAGCCAGAAGAAACUUGUGCAGCUGUGAGGCGUGGAUCAACAAAGAAAAAAAUCCAUCCCGUGCAAGUUAUGAGUGAAUUUAGAGGAAGACAGAACUACUGAAAGCACUCUUCUGCUCUAGUGCCUCUAUUACAAAAUCCUGGCUAACCACACUGCUUUAUUUCACACUUUACUAGUCCUGUAAUUGCACUAAAUUUCAGAGUUUAACUCAUAAGUAACAUAGAACAUUAAAGGCUAAACCAGCAUAAGCAAUAUAUGUGAGAUCAUGUCUUUGUCAUUUCUAUAUAUAGCCAGCACAUAGUAAUUAAUGAAUGAAAACUUCAUGUGUCAUUCAGUCUGUGCUAUCAAGGGAAUGUCUUAUAUUCAUUACAACACGAACAUACAAGAUGCCUGUGAGUCCUACUUAUCUGUAAUAGUGCAACUACAUUCACUCCUUUCAUUGUAAAUUAAAACAUUGACAUAAGCUCUUGACUUGCUUUUCAAUAAAAACAUUUACUAAAUAUUUUCCCCUUUAAUAUACAUAAUUUCUUUACCCUACUUAACCUGGCAGAAAUGCCUAAUUCCUGCCAUAGGAAAACAAGAUGUGUUCUCUAGAUAUCUGUAUCAAUUGUCAAAUUAGUUUAACUUCUAUCAAGAACAAAUCAGGGCAGUCGGUUUCUCACUAGAUUUUGAAAUUUAGCCUUUAUUUUUAGGAAAAUGCUUUAAUACCAUUACAAAGGACAUGGUGUGCUUUGGUGGCACAACACAUUUUAGGGUUUCAUUGUUCUGGACUCUGCAGUAUGAGGUCCAUCGGACUACACUUGCUGAAGAUGAAAUAACCUUUGUUGGAGAAAUGAGAAACAAAACUGUGUCCCAGAUUCUGUUAUAGAAACGGGAUGUAAGAAGUUCUACAUGACUCUAAAAAUCUACUUCUAUCCCUUAUCAGUUGCAAUUAAAAACAAAGGCCACUUUGAAAAAAAUGUUUUGCCAUCAAGGGAAAUAUGUCUGAAUUGUAUCACUGGGAUAGACAGCAGAGUUUAUGAGAUUGAGGCUAGAAGCUACAGUCAUUGAUAUUUUUGGUUUUUUCUGUUUUCUUUCCUGUUUUUAUUUUUAUUUUUGUUGGU